AUGGCUUCGAAGCUUCUGGCUUCCACUCUCCGCCAAACCCUAACCCUAACCCCUAAACCCACAUCAACCGCCUCUCACCUGGCCCGCGCCCUCUCCACCGCCGCCGCCGUAGCCGAACCCUACGAAGACACAGAUGGAAUUUCAAUGAAAGGCGUCAAAAUCUCCGGAAGGCCUCUGUACCUGGACAUGCAGGCCACGUCGCCGGUGGACCCCAGGGUCGUCGACGCCAUGCUCCCCUACUACCUCACCCGCUACGGCAACCCCCACUCCCGGACCCACAUGUACGGCUGGGAGUCCGACUCCGCCGUCGAAACCGCCCGCGCCCAGAUCGCCGAUUUAAUCGGCGCCUCCCCCAAAGAAAUCAUCUUCACCUCCGGCGCCACCGAGUGCAACAACAUCUCCGUCAAGGGCGUCAUGCACUUCUACAAGGACAAGAAGCGCCACGUCAUCACCACCCAGACCGAGCACAAAUGCGUUCUGGAUUCGUGCCGUCAUCUUCAGCAGGAAGGUUUUGAUGUCACCUACCUUCCAGUGAAGUCCGAUGGGCUUAUAGACCUGGACGAGCUUCGCGAUGCGAUUCGGCCCGAUACCGGGCUCGUAUCGGUCAUGGCGGUGAACAAUGAGAUUGGGGUUAUUCAGCCGAUGGAGGAAAUUGGGGAAAUUUGCAAGGAAUUCAAAAUUCCUUUCCAUACCGACGCUGCUCAGGCCCUUGGGAAGAUCCCAAUCGAAGUGGACAAAUGGAAUGUGAGUUUGAUGUCGCUUUCCGGGCACAAGGUUUAUGGGCCGAAAGGGGUUGGAGCUCUGUAUAUGAGGCGGCGGCCGAGAAUUCGGGUCGAGCCCCAAAUGAAUGGAGGUGGGCAAGAGAGGGGGAUUCGAAGUGGCACCGUGCCCACGCCAUUGGUUGUAGGGUUUGGUGCGGCUUGUGAGAUUGCGAAGAAGGAGAUGGAGUAUGAUCAGAAGAGGAUAACAGAGUUGCAGGAACGAAUGCUGAAUGGGAUUAGGGAAAAGCUUGAUUUUGUUGUGGUGAAUGGUAGCACCGAGAGACGGUAUCCUGGGAAUUUGAAUCUGUCGUUUGCUUACGUGGAAGGGGAGAGCUUGUUAAUGGGGUUGAAGGAGGUGGCCGUGUCGAGUGGGAGUGCCUGUACUAGUGCGAGUUUGGAGCCUUCGUAUGUGUUGAGGGCUUUGGGGGUGGAUGAGGACAUGGCUCAUACUUCGAUUCGGUUUGGGAUUGGACGGUUCACCACGGAGGCAGAGAUUGACCGGGCAGUUCAGCUGACGGUGCAGCAGGUGAAGAAGUUGAGGGAUAUGAGCCCGCUUUAUGAGAUGGUGAAGGAUGGAAUUGAUAUUAAGAAUAUUCAGUGGUCACAGCAUUGA